CCGAGCACAGAGGCAGCCCCAAAGUCCAAAGCCGCGAAAGCCAUGGCCGGCGCGGCCGCGGAGCCCGUGCGCGGCAUGCGCGUCGUCACCGAGCAGUACGAGAAGCUCGAGCACGUCGUGGGCAGCCUCAAUAGUAAGACACGAGACCUACUCCUCAGAGAGAGGAAGGAGUUCCUCGCGGCCUAUAGAGCUCACUCCUUCCGCAUCCAGGACGAGCUCCAGGAGCUCCGAGCCAAGGUCCAGGCCGAACAGUCUUCAACAAAGAAGGACGAGAAGGUCCGGCGGCUGAAAGAGGACUGUGACUGGUUUAGAAGGGAGGCCUUAAGGUUGGACGAGGAGGGCACGAAGAUGACCCAGGAAUUGCACAAGCUGAAGACGCAGCUCGACGAUUCGGAGCGAGAUCGGAGUUGGUUGUUGAAUGAAUUGGCGAGGACACAAACGACCACGGAACUACUUGCUGUCAAGAUCGCGGACGCCGAAGCCCAAAGGAAUGCGCCGCCGACCCCGGAACCGGAGGACGAUGGCGAAGAUGAUGAUAGCGCGCCUGUCGUCGUCUUGUCGCCGCGCGAGCGGCUUCGGAGGGACCGGGAGGAGAAGGCCGAGAUCGCCAAGCGACGGAAACAGAAGGUCCAGGUGGCCCACCAGGUCGCGGACCGGAUCAAGGAGUGCGAGCGCUACGAGAGGCAGAUCGCCGAGGAACGCGACCGCGUCCGGCCGCCGACGGAGGAGAGUCGAUUACUGCAGACGGAGUUCCUCGAGGCGGUGCUCGCGGUUUCACGCGAGAAGGACGUGCGCCUAGGUAUUGAUGAUCGAACGUCCGGCGCGCCCGCCGCGGACCCCGAGACGGGCGAGCCGGACGUGUCGCUCAUCGAGCCGAUCGAGCUCGAUCGGUGGACAUCUAUAGAGCGGAGGGAUGUGAUGAGCCGCUUCCUGGCCAUGCCGACGGCGGCCGCGGCGAUGGAGCGCAUAGAUCCCGCGCCCGAGCCCGAGCCCGAGCCGGCGCCAGCGCCGGCGCCAUCCGAUGAGUUGAAAAAGGUCAUGAAAUUCUUUGGGUAACGACACAC